AUGGCGACAUCAGGAACUGUUAAUAAUACAACGUGUCGACCGCGACGCUCCGGUCGGCACGCUCGAGUGCCGUUCACUGCAAGUCAGGCGGCUGCUUUGGAGGCCGCAUACUCUCGAGCACCGUACCUGGCUCCACCAGCUCUUCGUGCCCUCGCUGCUGCAUUACAGCUCCGUGAUGACAGGAUAAAAAUUUGGUUCCAAAAUCGUCGAGCAAGAGAACGGAGGGAAAAAAGUAGUGCCAUUACUCCACCUCAAGCUGUGCCACUACCACCUACGUCUCCUCCUAGUCCAGCCGUUGUCUUACAAAACAGACCAUGGGUUCCUAACUUAAAUUUAUAUCCUUGUGAAACUCAAAACUCUAAAGAAGAAAAUAAACCUACGAAUACAACAGCACGAUUACAUCAAACGACAUCUUUUGCAAUACAUUUACUUCGUUCUAAUACUACUGGCAUUAAGGAUUCUGAAUCUGAUGAAGAUCGAUGUGAUAGUCCUCUAGAUAUAGAAACUAUAGCCGACUGA